AAGAAUAGAAAUAGUAAUAAUGAUGAGAAGCACUUAGAGCUCCUAUGUGUCAGACAUUGUUCUAUGCCAUUUACGUAUUACUUCAUUUAGUUCUCACAAUACUCUAUGAGGUAGGUGCUUUUAUCCCCAUUUUACAGAUGAGCAAACAGGCUCAGAGAAAUUAAGCAACUCACGGACACUUUGCAGCUAGUAGAUGGCGACAUCAGAAUUGAAACUCAGACAGCCGGGCUCCAGACUUCAUGAUGCCCCUGGCCACUGCUCCGCUGCAGGAGUCCCAGUACGCAGGAGCUUAAAGUAUGCGAAAGUGUUUGUGUAAAGGGCCGAGCAUGAGUUUUAAGUGAGCAUUGUUUGAGGGCUGUGAGCCAGAGGGAUCCGGGCCGCUGGUGGCCCCGCCCCGCUCUUAUCAGAGCCCCCAGUCUCCUGUCCGCCCUCCCCCAGUUUCCCUCCUGUCUCCUCAGCUGAUUCACUUGCCUCCUCUCCCCACCACAUCCCAGCAAUGGCUCUGGUUUUGCAGCUGUUACCGCUGCUGCUGUCGAGGGCCCAGGGGGACCCCACGGCUUCACUGGACGGCCGCCCCGGGGACCGGGUGCAUCUCUCCUGCGGAAGCGUCUCGCAUCCCAUCCGCUGGACCUGGGCGCCUAGCUUCCCGGCCUGCAAGGGUCUGUCCAAAGGACGCCGCCGGAUCCUGUGGGCCUCGUCGAGCGGGACCCCCACCGUGUCGCCCGUCCAGCCCUUUGCUGGCCGCCUACGUGCCCUGGACCCUGGUAUCCGGCGGCUGGAGCUGCUGCUGAGCGCUGGGGACUCGGGCACCUUUUACUGCAAGGGCCACGACAACGAGAGCCGUACGGCACUUCACGUGCUGGGGGACGGGUCCGAUUGCAGGGCUCCGGGGCCUACCCAAGUUCCCCCAGGAUCCGUGUAUCCCCAGUUCGUGAUCCCGCUGCUGGGCGCUGGGCUGGUGCUGGGACUCGGAGCGUUGGGCGUGGUCUGGUGGCUGUGCAGGCGCUCGCCCCCGCACCCGCCUGGACAACUACCCAGAUUUGCUCCACUCGUGAAAGCCGAGCCCGAGAGGCCAGUAAAGGAGGAGGAGCCUAAGAUUGCAGGAGAUCUGGAUCAGGAGCCGAGCCUGCUCUACGCAGACCUGGAUCAUACCGCCCUCAGAAGGCCCUGCCGGUUGUCCCCAGUGGUCUCCAGUGAUGCCUCCACCAUUUAUGCCGUUGUCGUUUGAAGGGAAGCCCUUACUCCAAACCUCACAAGCGGGGGGGCUCCCAGCUCUCCAUAACUCCCAUCUCCUUCUUGGCCCCUCACCUGGGAAAGGCGCCAUGGGGUAGAAAUGAGCACUAGACUGGGAGUCAGGAGGCCUGGGUUCCAGGCUAUCUCUGCCACUGAUCUGGCUCCUUCUUUACCUCCAUCUCUCCUAUAACUUCCAUGUCUCCUCCACCAGCGGUGUUCUCCCUAAACCCGAUCAAGCCCUGUCUCCCCAUCUUAAGACAUCAACUCCUAGAUAGUUGCCCAGUCUCUUCCCUUCCCUCCACAGUCAGGUUCUUUGAACCAAGGGCCUACACUUGUCUCUUCCAUUUUCUUCUCCUUCACUCCACUCCCACUGCUCAUCUGCUCUCCAUGAAGCGGUCAGUGAUGUCCUAAUGGCCACAACCAGUAGACAUUUUUUAGCAUACAUCUGGCUUGGCUUUUGAUUACUCUCUUCUUUAAGCUGUUUUUCUUUUAUGCUGGUGUCUUCCUUCUGGACUCCUCUUCUUUGCUCCCUUGCACCCAUUCUAGGUUUGUCCUUUUCUUUAUCUGCCUUCGUCCUCUUCUGGGAAGCUGUCAUCCACAGCCAGUCCUCAGUCCUCACGGCUGCAAAUGACACCCAGAACUCUCUCCAGCUCAGAUCUCAGUUAAGGGAUUUCUAAACUGUCCCUCAGACAUCCCUGCCUGGCUGGCCCUAGGCAUUUUGCAUAUAGCACAUCUGGAACCCAACUCAUUAUCAUCUUCCAAGCCACUCACUUAAUCCUCCUCUGCAUUUUCUCUUGAUCAACCCAGUUGCCCAAGCCAGAAACUGAGAGUCAUGCAGAUGUCCUUCCUCUCACUCCCACACAAUGAACCAAGUCCUGUCUUUAUUUUAAUGUCACUGUCAGAUCCACACCCUUCUUCACGCCUAGUGCCACCACCUGAAUGUACUCGCCUCAUUUCCUCUUUGGGUUACCCGUAGUGUCACCUCAUCCUGCCCUUGCCCUCCUCCGUGAAGCCAGAGAGAUCCUCCCCAAAUGCUCACCUUCUCUUGACAGCCUAUAUUUCAGAACUGAAGUAUUUCUUUCCUUAACCUUCAGCUCUGGGCCCAUGGACCUUGGUUUUGGGUACAAGGUACUACAGUGCUCUCUGUCUACUCUCCAGGCUUAUCUCUGUCUCUCCACAUGCACACAACAUGCCAGCCUUGGAGAAGUUCUCCCCAGGCCCCAGCUAUACCUUUGCCCAGUGCAAUUCUUUCUUCCUGAGUUAUGCUUUUCCCUCCUCCCCACUACCUUCCUGGCUAAUUCUUAUUUAUCCUCAGGCCUCAGUUCAAGUGUAGCCUUUUCUGGGAAGCCAUACCCUCUUUGCCCACCCUGCAUACAUUUUGAUGCCCUUAUUUCUCUCAUAGCAACAGUGUCCUGUGAAUUGUUCCAUCACGACCUCUAUUUCAAUUUGUAAGAAAUUUUCAUGUACUGUGAGUUCCCUGAUAUCAGGAGACUGACCCUUUUUAUAUCACUGCUAAGCCUCAGUAAAUGAGUGAAUGAAAAUGAA